ACAGGUUACACUCACUGCAUUCACACUGAUGACAGAGGCUACAAAGCCCCCAUUUAGACAAAUAUCACACAUAAACCAGAUAACAGGAAGUAGAGUCGACCAGAAGACGUUUACUGCAGCGUUUACAGCAGACCAUCAGUUGUUUGACAGAGCUUACAAUCUGGUUCUAGACAUUUUUUCACCAUGACACCAAAGUCCUGCUUCACCAUCCUUCAUGUGUCCAUCUUGGCUGCGACACUUCUCACUUUGGAAGUUUCCUGUACAGAUGAAUGUGAAGUUCAAAUUAAAGUACGCCGAUACACAGAAUAUAAAGCUCACCUUGGAGAAGAACUAAAGAUUGAAUGUCCAGUUACGGUCUGCAACGAUUCACCACCUGAAAUCUCCUGGUUUAAACUCGAAGAAACUGGUGAUCCUAUAAACAUUAGCGGGAGAAGUCGCUUCAAAUCAGAGUGGAAAACUUUGAAGCAUUUAGAGGGAGUUUCAGUUUUGAUCAUUCAAAACUUUGUCAGAAACGACUCGGGUAUAUAUCGGUGUAAAUGUGGUUCCAGUGUUGGACAUAAAAUCAAUGUUUCUGUCAAUGAUAGUGUUGAACUCAUCACCGACCAAUCGACAACUUCAGAGCCACGGAGACCAGAAACUGAGGACGCUUUCUGGCCUUUUGUGUGUCGUGUUAUUGGACUCUUGGUGUUUGUCGCCAUAGUGAUUGCUAUGUUUGUCACCUCACAGUCUUUGCGUAAAGGUGUCCGAUGUGGAGGAGGAUCCAAAGACACACCAGCAGAUCCAAAAAGCCAGCCUUCCCAUCAGGCUUUGCCUAUGGAUCAUAUCUAUGAUAGUGUUCAGUAGUCCUCAUGUCAGAGGUACAAAGUUAAACGUUACAAUGCUGGGUUAAGAAUAUACAACAGCAUUUAUUAUUGAUUGUUUUUUGUGACUCGUGGAAGUCAAUUUGUGCUUGUGAAUUUCUGCAAAUGAACCUGUAGUGAUACAAGAAGUGACAUUUCUAUUGCUUUCAAACCGCUGUAUAUGAGAUCGAACCUGUGUGUGUGUGUGUGUGUGUGUGUGUUUUGCUUCCUCUGUAGGUGACAAACUUUGUGCACAAAUCCCCUGCAAGAUAUAUUAUUUUGGUUAUCUGUAUCGCAUUUUGGAGCAGACGCACUGAUGCCAGGAAGCAAAAUGUAACCACACGUCACAUAUUGAGAGACAAAAGACAAGAGGAUGUGUCGUAACAUGAAAAAAUACGCAGCCCUCAACUUAUCACCCAUCUGUUCUAGGGAUCUUAUUUCACUCUAAAAUAUAAAUUAUAAAUGUGAUUUUAUCACUUCACAUACAGCCCAAUAUUAAAGAUUCACUGAAGAAAUCUAGUUUCUUAAACUGACAAAUGAAAACAACAGCCAACCUGUCAGUCAAAACAGCCCCGCCAAAUUAUAAUAUAAUUACUAGCCUUCAAAAAAGAUUUUUCAUAAAUUCUUAAAAUUCAUAAAAAUUCACCCUGUAAAGUUUGUGCAAAUAAAUAAAUGAGCUGUCAGAACCAAACCUGUUCUGUAGCAUUUCUACUGAGUAUGUCAUGGUUGGAAACGACUGAAUUUGAUGAAUAUCUCCUUUCAGAUUGCGUCUUUAUGUCGGAAACAUCCACAUGUGCACAUCAGAUUGUGUCUUGGCUUAUUACUCAUUACAUGCAAAUAA